AUGCCACUCCAAUCAACACUCAACCUCAUCAAAGACAACCCACUGAAUGCAGCGCUACUAGCCGGUGUGGCCUAUAUGAUCUAUUCCCUCGCUACAUCAGGAAGUUCAAAGGCUGCUCCAUCACAACAUCCAACCGUCAUCGAACUAAGGAACUAUACACCAAUCGAACUCCUCGAAUACGACGGCCGCAAAUCGAAAAAGAUAUUCAUGGGUGUUAAUGGACGGGUAUAUGAUGUCAGUCGUGGCGCCAACUUUUAUGGACCAGGUGGCCCGUAUGGAAACUUUGCAGGCCGAGACGCAUCGCGAGGUCUAUCAAAGGGGUCGUUUGAUGAAGACAUGCUGGUAGAUCCUGCUGGAAGGAUUGAUACGUUGGAGAAUCUGAGUCGUGAUGAGUGGGAUGAGUUGCGUCAGUGGGCUGGGCAUUUCCAGUCGAAAUAUGAUCAUGUUGGCUUCUUGGUUGAAAACAGUUCCUCAUAA